CAGAAGCUGGGAAUGGGCAACAGGGGAUGGAUCACUUGAUGACUACCUGUUCUGUUCAUUCCCUCUGGGACACCUGGCAUUGAGCACUGUCAGAAAACAGGAUACUGGACUAGACGGUCCUUUGGUCUGGCCUAAUACGGACAUUCUUAUGUUCUUAUAUCUGAAUACAUGGCUACACAUCCGAUGACUCAAGCCUGGUCUACACUACAAACUUAGGUUGACAUAAGCCAUGUUAAGUCGAUCUAAUAAUAUAUGUGUCUACACUACUGAGUCCCUUCCGCCAACCUAAGUGGCCUGUAAAGUCGACUUCUGUACUCCACUUCCAUGAGAGGCAUAGUGCUUGAGUCGACAUCCACGGGUCAACAUGGGGAUAGUGUAGACAUUGCAUUGUGUAAUUCGAAUGAAUUGGUCUCCAGGAGGUGUCCCACAGUGCUCCUCUGUGACCGCUCUGAAGAGCACUUUGAACUUCACUGCAUGUCAGCCAGGUACACAGGAAACAGCUGCUCUUCUGUUAAAGCCCCAGGAACUUUUGAAUUUCCAUUUCCCAUUUGAUCAGCGUGGAGAGCUCGCCAGCCCAGCUGAUCAUGGUGACUCAAGACUGCAAACGUGCUCCAGCAUGGAGUACACAGGAGGUGGUGGAUCUUAUUGAUGUGUGGGCAGAAGAGUGCAGGCAGAGCUCCGAUCCAGCAGAAGAAACACUGACAUCUAUGCCAAGAUUGUGCGGGGCAUGGGGGAGAUGGGUUACACCAGGAACACACAGCAAUGCCACGUAAAAAUAAAGGAGCUUUGGCAAACGUACCAGAAGACAAGGGAGGUUAACUGUCGCUCUGGUUCUGCCCCACAGACAUGUUGCUUUUAUGAGGCGCUGCAUGCGAUUCUAUGCGGUGACCCCACCCCUACCCCAAAACAUUCCAUGGAUACCUCCCAGGAGCCUUGGGUGACCUCAAGCAACAACAAGGAGGACAUUGUUGAUGAGGAAGAGGAGGAGGAGGAGAAUGUGAGGCAGGCAAGCAGAGGAUCCAUUCUCCCUGACAGCCAAGAACUGUUUUUAGCCCUGGAGCCCGUCCCUUCACAGGACCAGUUGGCAGCGGAGCAUGAUGCUGGGGAAGGCACCUUUGCUGAAACCUUGUCCGUUGGUACAUCCUCCACACUGGGUCAGAGACUUUCCCAGAUAAGAAGGCAGAAAAAGAAGACUCGGGAGGAUAUGUUCAAUGAGUUAGUGCGCACCUCCGAGAGUGACAAGAAGGAGCUCAGAGCAUGGAGGAUUGCACUGUCCGACAACCUGCAUAUGGACAGGGAGGAGGGAGAGCAUGCAGGGAACAAGAAUGUGGCACACAGGAAGAGAUGCUGCGGAUUAUGAAGGAGCAAUCAGACACGUUGAGGCAUCUGGUUGAGGUACAAGAAAGACAGCUGGAUGUUAGAGUCUCCCGGCAGCCUAUGCUGAACCUGCUGCCAUCAUCGCCCAGUUCUAUGUCCUCCUCUCCCAACAGGGCAUGGGGGAAGAGAGAGGUAUCCCUUGCACACAAUACCAGGGGAGGGUACAAGGACCAGAAGGUCCCCAUUCCCACACCUCUGAUUGUUAUUGCAGUGCAUCUGUGUGAUGUUAUUAAUAUGAACUGUGACUGUAUAGAUCAUUGUUGCAACCAAGGUCAUAUAGUGGCACCAAAUCUGGUACAAAGGAGGUCAAGAAAUGUGUCUAUGAAAAGGUUAUGAUUUGCUGAUUGUGAU